AUGGACGGAAGAAAAUGCAAAUCUUGCGGAUCCAGACUUGACGGAGGUGUUUGUACAGAAUGUGGUCUUGUCUGGGAAGAAUCAACCAUGGUCAACGACCUGACCUUUGGCGAGUCUUCGUCCGGUGCUGCUAUCGUCAACGGUUCCUUUGUCAGUGCUGACCAAAGUGGCCCGGGCCGUGGAGGUCUUUACGGCAAUAGCAACGGCCGUGAAGUCACUAUCGAAAAGGCUAGGAAUCGAAUUUAUGGCGUUGCUCACUACUUGCGUGUCCCGGAACCUGCUAUUCAGGCCGCUAUCGCCAAUUUCAAAUUAGCACUUUCUAUGAACUUUAUUCGCGGACGCAAGUCCAAGUACGUGACUUGCGCCUGUCUCUACUUAGGAUGCCGCAUUCAGCAUACAUCUCAUAUGAUUAUGGAGUUUGCAACUUUUCUCAAGGUAAAUGUCUAUAUUCUGGGCAAUACCUACAGCCAGCUUUUACGGCUUCUCCGACCCAUGCUUGGCACAGAGCAACUUCGCCGCGUCGUCACUAUUGAUCCCACAAUCUACAUUGUAAAGUUUAUCAACAGACUUAACUUCUCCAGUGAAGACUCGAAAAAGGUGAAUGAUGAUGCUUUCCGUUUAAUCAAACGCAUGGAUAAGGAUUGGAUGGCCAUGGGUCGCCGACCAGGUGGUAUUGCUGCUGCUAGCAUUCUUAUUGCCUGCCGCAUGAAUAACCUCAAGCGUUCGAAAGCCCACAUUAUGCAAAUCGCCAUGAUAUCAGAAUCAACUAUUGACAAGCGUCUGAAAGAGUUCAAGGCGACGGUGGCUGGUACACUGUCUGUUAAGGAUUUCCGCGCCACUAAUGUCGAAUCUACGGCCGACCCACCUUCAUAUUUGAAAAAUAGAGAUGUUGAGCGGAAUAGAAAUGCUCUUCAACUUUUGACUGCAGAAAAUAUGGAUGAGGAUGGUGACAGCAAUGAUGAAGAUGAUUUUGAAAAGUAUACCGAGGAAGAUAUUUUGGAAAUGGCAGAAGAGGCUCGACAAUCUUACCAAGAUGAAAGCGAUGAAGAAGAUGAUGAAGGAAAUUUGCCACCUCUUGAAAAAUCUUUUAAAAACAAAAGUCUGGGUCGGGCUACAUUGUAUGCUAUUGAGGCCGCAAAAGCUGAAGCCAAAAGAAUAGAAGAACGACGCAAAAAGCGGCUAGAGGCAAAGCUGAGAGAGGGCAUUGUGGAUUAUGAGGAUGGUGAGGGAGGUGAAGAAAAAGAGGGGGAGGAUGAAAAGGAAAAGGAUGACGAUGACGAUGAAGACAGCGAAAAAAAGAAAAAAGAAGUGGAAAAGGAGAGUGAUGAAGAAGAUAGCGACAAUGAAGAGGACUUGUUUGUUUCUAAUAAAGAUGAUAUUAAGAAGGGUAUAGUAAAGGCUGGUGAUGAGAUUGAGAAGAAUGGAGAUAAAGAUAAGGAUAAGGAUGAAGAAAAAGAUGAUGAGGAUGAUGAGGAUGAUAAAGAAAAGCAAGUUAAUAGUGAAGAUGACGAUGACGAUGACGAUGACGACGAAGAAAAGGAAGAUGAAAGUGAAGAUGACGAUGACGAUGACGACGAAGAAAAGGAAGAAGAAAGCGAAGAUGACGACAAAGAAAAGGGGGAAGAAAGUGAAGAUGAGCUUGAAAUACUUGAAAAGAAAAAGUCAGUUAAAGAUGAGGUUAAAGAAUCAAAGCUUCAUUCCGAUGAAGAGAAAGAAAGGGGAAAAGAAAAAGAAGACAAAAGUGAAGGUGAAGAAGACGGUAAGGAUGAGGAUAGGGAUGAGGAUAAGGAUGAGGAUAAGGAUGAAGAUGAUGAUGAUGAAGAUGAUGAUGAUGAUGAAGAUGAAAAGGAUGAAAAUAAAAAUGAAAAUGACGAGACAGGUAGGGGUGAGGAAGAUGAGAAUAAUAAGGAUGAAGGUGAUGAUGAGAAAAAAAUCACCAAAGUUGAAAAGCAAAAUUCUGACGAAGAUAAAUCGGAUGAAGAAAAUUCUGAGGAAGAAACGUCAGACAAAAAGGCUGACAAAAACGAGUCCGGCUCCAAAACUCAAGACAAUUCCACAGAUGAACCUGCUACCAAACGACGCAAGUUAACACGCCAGGAGCGCAUUGACGCAAUUUUGCGCAGACACAAACACCCUGUUGUUCGUAUGACAUAUCGAGAUUCGGCUGAUGCCGCUGCUGGGUCCCAACCAACUACUUGGGUUAGCAAAGUAUCUGAUGACCCGGAGAAUCUUUCCGAUGUUGAUGACGACGAGUUAGACAAUAUCAUCUGCGGAAAAGCUGAGGUAGCACGGCGGCAACGUCUGUGGCUCUCGUUGAACCAUGAUUACGAGGUGGAGCAGGCUCAUAGGCGUAACAAGAUUGAUGCAGACAAAAAGGCUGGCACAUACAAGGAGCCUCGGAAAAGACGUGCUGCGCAGUCGCGGUCCGGAUGGGGCAACCGCCCACUUGGGUCGCAACUUUGCAAGCAGGAAGAAGAGGAUGGAGCUGGAGGCAGUGCGAAUGCCCGUAAUGUUGCUGUGAACAUGAUGAUGGAACGUAGUAAGGUACUCAAGGUUUCUAAAAAGUCCAAAAAGAUCAAUUAUGGUGCUUUGGACGGGUUACUCAACUUGGGCAAUUAG